AUGCGCGAUGCCGCUAGCUCCAUUAACGGUUCUGCAAAUCGUGCUGCAAGCCUUGUCUCUCAACAGACCUACCCAGCAAGCAACAUCGCCCCUCCUCAAGUCUCCAGGAAGCAGCUGAUGGGCUAUGUUGGGUUCGCAAACCUUCCCAACCAAGUACACAGGCGGAGUGUGAGGAAAGGUUUCCAGUUCACGGUCAUGGUUGUUGGCGAGUCUGGUCUGGGUAAAUCGACGCUCAUUAACACGCUUUUCUCCACUCCUCUGUACCCGGCUAUGGAACUUCCGCCCCCAUCGGCUGAACCCCCAAAGACGGUUGCGAUCGAGAGCAUCAGCGCAGAUAUUGAGGAGUCUGAUGUUAGGCUUCGUUUGACUGUUGUUGACACCCCUGGGUUUGGCGAUUUCGUGAACAACGACUCGUCCUGGAAGCCCAUCCUCGACAGCAUCGAGCAACGCUUCGACGCGUACCUCGAUCAAGAAAACAGGGUGAACCGAUCUAAGAUGGUCGACAACCGUGUGCAUGCGUGUUUGUAUUUCAUCCAGCCCACUGGCCAUGCCCUGAAACCCAUCGAUAUUGAAUUCAUGCGGCGCCUGCAUACCCGUGUAAACUUGAUUCCGAUCAUUGCGAAGGCAGAUACCAUGACGGACGAGGAGGUUACGCAGUUCAAGGCCCGCGUGCUCGCCGAUAUUCGCUACCACAAUAUCCAAAUUUUCCAAGCUCCUACGUACGAAAACGAGGAUGAGGAGACCCUCGCUGAAAAUGAGGAGAUCGCCAGCCGGAUACCAUUUGCCGUUGUCGGCUCCACUACCGUUGUCAAAACCCCUGAUGGCCGUACUGUACGCGGGCGUGCAUACCCUUGGGGUGUCAUUGAGGUCGACAACGAGGAGCACUGCGAUUUUGUCAAGCUGCGCCAGAUGCUCAUCAGAACAAACAUGGAAGAGCUCCGCGAACACACCAACCUCGUGCUGUACGAGAACUGGCGCACGGAGAAGCUGAUCGCCAUGGGUGUCGAGCAAGAUCAGUCCGUGUUCAAGGAGGUCAACCCCGCUGCUAAGCAGGCUGAGGAACGUGCCAUGCACGAGGCUAAGCUCAACAAGAUGGAGGCUGAGAUGAAAGUGGUCUUCGCUCAGAAGGUCAUGGAGAAAGAGGCGAAGCUGAAGCAGAGUGAGGAGGAGCUGUACGCGCGUCAUCGGGAGAUGAAGGAUGCCCUCGACAAACAACGCGCGGAACUCGAGGACAAGAAGAGGCGUCUUGAGUCUGGCCGGCCGCUGACGCCUGAGAAAACUAACACCAGGAAGAAGGGUUUCCUUCGGACCUAG